GUCUGGAGGGCAGAGGCGUGAGCCGCCAUCUUUGUUGAUGUGUCAACCUUCAGUUCCUGCUGCGGAAGCCAGAAGGAAGGGACCCUUUGAGGGAAUGAGAGACAGAGAGGGAGGCUUGGCCCCUUCGCUGGCCCGCUCCUCCUGAGCGCUUUAGCCAUGGAGCAGCUGCUGCUGCUUCUGUUGUUGCCAUUGGGACCCUUGCAGAGUGGAAUUUUCUCAAUGGAAAAUGUUAAUUACUGUUUGCACUGCCUCCAAACACAGAGAUUAGAAAAGCCUUCCCCGCCCUUUUGUUUCUGCUCUUCUUUCCAGCAUUAGCGAUUUUGAUCCUGUACUUGUUAAUCAUUGUGAGGCAUGUUAACAAAAGAACUAUUAUUUGAAAAGCCCAGAGGAGGCCAGCUGAUUCUUGGUGAAAAGAUGGACGAUCAGUUAUCAGAAGAACAAACAACUUUAGAAACCGCCAGCCCAUCAAAGACUGAUGAUAAAUCCACAAACUCAUCUUCUGUUGGGGAAGCUGAUAAACUGCUGGGUAUUCAGGAUGAUCUACACACUGAAAAUGAGAAAAGCCCUUUGAGCAAAGAAAAUGAACAAUUAAUGCUAGAUCCCAGUUCACAUGGAGACAAAUCUGAAGUGCAGCAUGUUCCUGAUUUUAACGGUGAUGGAGGUGGUUGUUCUAAAUCGUUUGAAGCACAAAUAAAAAGAGCUAAGGAAUCAGGUUGCUUACCUGAUGGAGACAAUGAACAGCAGGUUUCAAAAACGGAUGAGACAAAUUCAUCCCUGGCAGACUUAUUGCGUGAUCCUGUGAAAAGAACUUUUGGGGUCUGUUCAGAAAGCCCAUAUGACACAGAUUGUACUAAGAACCUUAUUUCUACUAUACAAAAUGCUUCCUCUCAGGAGGCUUUGUUAGAAGAAAUAGAGUCUGAACUACUGUCCACAGAUUUAUUGAGAGAUCAUAAAGUUUCAAAUGGUAUGUGCAAGAAUGAAGCUACAUUGGCUGUAUUUGAAAAAUGCAUUCAAGACAAGUAUCUUCAGCAGGAGCACACAAUAAAGAAAUUGAUUAAAGAAAACAAAAAGCACCAAGAACUAAUUUUGGACAUUUGUUCAGAAAAGGACAACUUAAAGGAUGAAUUGAAGAAAAGAACAGAAACAGAAAAACAGCACCUCAACAUUAUUAAACAAUUUGAGGUCAGAAUAGAGGACCUCCAAAAAGAAGUUAAAGCUGCUAAAGAUAAACUUAUAUCCCAAGAUGCUGCUGCAAAAAAUGCUAUACAACAAUUGCACAAAGAGAUGGCCUUUCGUACAGAUCAGGCAAACAAGAAAUGUGAUGAAGCCCGCCAAGAAAAGGAAGCCAUGGUAAUGAAGUAUGUUAGAGGAGAAAAGGAAUCCUUAGACCUCCGAAAGGAAAAAGAAGUGCUUGAAAGAAAAUUGCGAGAUGCAAAUAAAGAAACUGAAAAGCACACAAACAAAAUCAAACAGCUCUCUCAGGAAAAAGCAAGGCUGCACCAGCUCUUUGAAUCCAAGGAAGGUGAAGCUACCAGAAUGUCAAGAGAAAUAGAAAAAUUGAAAGAAGAAAUAAACUCUCACGUGAUCAAAGUAAAAUGGGCCCAAAACAAAUUGAAGGCUGAAAUGGAUUUACACAAGGAAACCAAAGAUCGGCUUAAAGAGGCAACAACAAAGUUGACUCAAGCAAAAGAAGAAGCUGACCAGAUACGAAGGAACUGCCAAGAAAUAAUAAAAACAUAUCAGGAGUCUGAAGAAAUUAAAUCCAAUGAAUUGGAUGUAAAACUCCGACUUACAAAAGGAGAACUGGAGAAACACUUGCAGGAGCAAUCUGAUCAUCUAGAGAUACAUCAUGCCAAAAUAAAAGAACUUGAAGAUGUGAAGCGAACAUUUAAGGAGGGUAUGGAUGAGCUGCGAACACUGAGGACAAAGGUCAAAUGUCUAGAGGAUGAACGGUUGAGAACAGAAGAUGAAUUGUCAAAAUAUAGAGAAAUAAUUAAUCGACAGAAGGCUGAGCUUCAGAAUCUGCUAGACAGAGUGAAAAUUAUAGAUCAUCUGCAGGAUCAACAUCAGAGGGAUGGACAAGAGAUUAACUCUUUGAAGGAAGAAGUGGAGAGUCUCAACAAUCUGCUUAAUGACUUCCAGAAGGAUAUUGAUGGAAGCCGGAAAAGAGAAUCUGAGUUAUUGGUCUUCACUGAGAAGUUGACCACUAAGAAUGCCCAAUUGCAAUCAGAAACAAAUUCUUUACAGGUGCAGCUUGAUAAACUCGCCUACAGCGAGAGAGAGUCACAGAAUCAGUUGGAGCUUGUUAAACAAGCCAGAGAUGAGCUAGCAAAUAAAUUACAGAAGGAAGAGGAGCUUCACAGAAACAAUGCCCAGGUGCUGAAGGCAGAACUGGCAUCUCAAGAGAAAGUGUUAGCAGAUCUAAACACCCAGGCUGAAGAAUUAAAAGAUGAGUUAAUUACUCAGAAACGAAAACAUGCAGCAAAUCUUAAAGACCUCACCAAGCAACUUCAACAAGCACGAAGAAAGUUGGAUCAACUUGAAAAUGGCAACUAUGAUAAAGAAGUCAGCAGUAUGGGGAGUCGUUCCAGCUCAUCAGGAUCUCUUAAUGCACGAAGCAGUAACGAAGAUCGAUCACCAGAAAACAGUGGCUCUUCAGUAGUUGAUCAUUUCCCAGAAGUGGACAAGACCAUUUUGAUUGAGAGAAUAGUAAGACUACAGAAAGCACAUGCUCGGAAAAAUGAAAAGAUGGAAUUCAUGGAGGACCACAUCAAACAUCUUGUGGAAGAAAUCAGAAAGAAAACCAAAAUAAUCCAAAGUUACAUUCUACGGGAAGAGGCUGGCACCCUGUCAUCUGAGGCUUCUGACUUUAACAAAGUGCAUUUAAGUAGGCGUGGUGGGAUCAUGGCCUCACUCUAUACAUCACACCCAGCAGACAGUGGGCUCACAUUAGAACUCUCGCUGGAGAUCAACAGGAAGCUUCAGGCAGUGCUAGAGGAUACCUUAUUGAAGAAUAUUACUCUAAAGGAAAAUCUGCAAACACUAGGAACAGAAAUAGAACGCUUAAUUAAGCAGCAGCAUGAACUGGAACAGAAGUUGAAGCAGACAUAGCUGAGAACAAGGCCAAGACGGCAGCAAAGGCAGGUGCUCCAAAUCCUGUCAGUAUAUAAACUGGAUGUCUGCCAGUGUCUUCUCUCAAAUCCUCUGCAACUUUAACAAAGCAAACUGACAUUUGCUUGUGAGCAAGGCUUACAAGACCAAGGUCCGAGUGCCUGCUUUGCCCAUGGCGAUGGAGAGUUUGCGCUUUUCUGAACAUUAUUUUUAUCCAUGUGGCUUUUCAUGAAAUAAUAUAUCAUCACUUGCAACUUGUACUUAUAUUUAAAGGUGGUUAAAAAAAACCCUUCUGUUUUGUGCAAUUUAACUACCCUGUUAAUGAAGAAGUUUGAAGGAAGAACAUACUCUUGGGAGGUACCUCACCUUCACCUCCAUUCUUGGGUGUAUGGUUGAAGUGUUACAUGUUAGACAUAUUAAAGAUACAGCCUUCUAGGGCAUAAAUGUUUUUCCCCAAAAAAUAUACAUGCAUUCUUGGAUUUAUGUAAUUGCCAGAUUUUAUUGAUAACAUGCAUUGGAAAGCAUAUUAACAAUACACUGAGCCCUCAGUAUUCACUGGGGUUUGGUUCGAGGACACCUCCCCUCCCCCUAUGGAUACCAAACUCUGUGGUUGCUUCAGUCCCAUUAUAUGCAUUGGCAUCAUAGUAUAAUGGUGUCAUUUAUAUAAAAAGGCAAAAGCAAGGUUUGCUUUCUGGAAUUUUUCUUUUGUGAAUAUUUUUGAACGAUGGUUGGUUCAAUCCGUGGAUGUAAAAUUCAUGGAUAUGGAGGGCCGACUAUGGAAUGUUUUCUCUUAAAUUGCAGUCUAAGGGUAUUUUAUCAGUUGUAAUAUUUUUAAAAAUCCUUCUGAACUCCUCAGGUUUGAAUUGGAUUUUUGUUAACUACAGAGAAUAUAGUUAGCAGAAAAAACCCUUUUGCAUUUACUUGGCAUCAGCUGUUGAAACCAGGUUGGGCUGAUUAAUAAAACACAUUUAAGAACAGAGCUGAGAGUUGAGAGGCAGCUGUAACCUUAGGAAUAGGCCUUGGAAUUGGAAAUGGAAGCAACAAUAACAAGUAUGUGUUGUAGCAUAAACAUGGGUGAUAUGCCACACCAUACAUCUGUAAGUAGUGACACUGUGGUACUCCCAAAGAAGAAAGGGGGAUUUAUUUGGGCUCUUGAGUUACUAAAAUCAUUUUUACAGCAGUGUUAGUCUAAUAACUUGUGUAUGCUUGAAACAGAGUGGACAGAAGAAGGAUCUUCUACUACUUGUUGCAACGACAGGCAACUACCACCUAUUUUAUUCUUGACUACGAAGAAAAUAGUAAACAGUAAUAAUCUCUUCCUACGGGGUAUAGGUGAGCAGUAAGACAUCUUGUUGAGAGACAGAAUGGUCAGUAAUGGUGAAAGCGAGGGAUUCUUACUGUUGGAGAAGAGAAGAGGAAGAUGAGUUGAUGGGAGCUUUAGCCUCAUCUCUUUCUCUCUCUUUGACAAGCACUAGCUUGUAGUUGGGUCUGCAAGGAGGAGCAGGGCAAUAGAAAAAGACUCCAGCUUCUGAGCCUUAAAUAUCUUUGUUUCGUCUUUCAGUGGGGAGCAAUACAUGUUCAUGUUAGUACUAGUUCUGGUAUGAAAGUUAGGCAAAACACAUGUUCUUCCACUUCUUUCUCCCCAUCCCACUCCCUUCCAGGAAGUUGAUGAUUAAUGUGAAUGCACUGUCCUAACAAGAUUUUGGUGUGUUUUGCUUUAUUUUAAAAAUAUGCCCUGUCCAAACCUCUUCAAUCAUGUGUGUCUUACUUUUUUUAAAAAAAGUUAUACUAUGCAUAAGGCUAGUUCCAUGCACCAUCCAAUUCUAAUUUACUUCCCCCUUUUACCUCCCCUGGGGUAAAAACAUCCUCCUCUAAUAUAGGGCAGGAACCUUGAGAGGACAACAACCAGUUUCAAGUUGUGUUCCUUUUGAUAUUUAUUCCAAAGUACAAAUCUCCACUUGAAUUAUUUACAUAACUCCAUAUGGUUCCACCCCUCUUCUCAAGUGUCUGGGUUUAUUUGCACUUUGAGAAAAAUGCUUUGGCAGGGCAGAAUUUAAACAAUUCAUUGUAUAAAUAUGUAGAUAGUGCUAGAGUUUGUAUUUUUUUAAAAGCCAUGCCUUUCAUGUUACCUGAAAGCAUGAUAUGAUAUAUGUGUACAGUAGUAACAUUAGAAUACGCAAAAUAUAUUUGCCUUCCAACUUGUACUGUUUAAUUGUACCCUUAAGUUAUCUAUACAUGGCAAGGGGAGGGAGAGAAUACUCCUUGCUGUUGUACAUAAGAUACUUAGCAGUCCUGUGCCCUCUUACCUUACUUUUGAGCAGACAUGUAUAGGGUUGCAUAUGAGACAUUUACAUUCAAUGUUACUCCAUUGUAUAUAACUUAGGACUAGGAGAACUGAAAAUAUGUAAAUGAACAACUUGUUUUCACUUAAGUGGCUAGUUCCAAUUAAUAAGAUAAGAGUGAGUUCAAGGAUUGGUAUUAAAGGAGGGAUCACAUAUCAAAGUUUUGUCAAAAACCAAGAUUCUUAAUUUUGUGUGACAUAAUUAUAUUUAUUUUUUGAGCAGCACAUCACUGAGCCUAGUAAAUGUUUACUAUGAACCAAACCUGUGUUUCAAACAUCUUAUGUAUGUAAUUGCAAUGAAUCUUGUUCAAAAAACAUCCUAGUAUGUAUGAGAAGGAGGGAGAAGCUCAGCUUUGCUUCAGGCAAGCCAGCAGGUAGGGAUGGUCGGAUGGACGAACAGAUAAAUGGAUGGUGAGGGAAUGAAUGGACAAACCCAAAAGUCAGGUAUGAUGCCAACAGCUUCUACAGCAGCUCCGUGUUAUCUAUUUUCCUUCAUAUGAAAGUGCAUUUCACUUAUCUGUGUGUGCACAUUUGUCCUUGCUGUAUGCUCAUAACUGAAAAUGGAAUGAUGCCAUUUUGGCAACAUGUUUUUACAGUUGCAAUAGCAGAGAACUAUGGAUUGUGCCACUGUAACUCAGUAAGUAACUUUGAUCUUCCGAUUCAUUUUCAUACCUUAUCACAGUUUUCAAAAGGUUAUGGCUGUACCAAACAUUUUUGCCCAGGUAUUUUAUGGAAAUAUUAUAAUGUUUAUUCAUACUAACCCUGUGCUUUGGGGGAUGAGUGAUUAGAAAGCCAUAGCAUAUUGUUGGGUUUUUGUUGGGUUUUUAUACAUGGACUUGGGGCUGAAACAGAUGGCGCCACCCCUUUGAGCACCAGAUUGGGGCCACGGCAACCACAUGCUGCAACCCCGAUCUGGCAUUUUUCGAACCCCAAAUGAAGCAGCAAAAUGCCACUCCUUUUUGGGGCGGAAAAAAGCUGGGCUUGCUGCUGCAGCAGUGGCUCUUCCACCUUUCUUUGGUACAACAUGUGUAAAUGCUGUGCCACAGAAACAUUGCAACACUGCCUGGUGUCUGCUCAAGCGGGCAGCAUGACACCGGUUCAAGGGCGGAGUUGAGGCAGGCAAUAUGUAGUCACCACGCCCCCAUGCCAUUUUGAAACUGACUUUUUAUGCUGGUCUGUUCAGCCCCAUGAAAACUUCUGCAGAGACACUAGACAAGAUGACUUGAGAUCGUGUUCCCUGUUAAAAGAGAAUUAAAAUGCAACCAUAUGAGAUCGCAGGAGAGGAUACUUUAGACUGAAAAAGUGGUACUUGAGAAACAAGGUUUAAUGUUUCUUACCAUACUGCCUUUAUAAUUGAAUUCACAAUCUUAUUACACACAUGCACACGCACAAGUUACUAGUCAUAUUCAGUGGUGCAUUGAAAAUGACGCUGGGACUGGUGUUAUGAAAAGCAGUAUAUAAAUUCAGGAAAUGGGAGGAUUUUGGAUUUCAUCUCCCAGAACCCCUUGUCAGGAAAUUCUGCUCAAACCAAGAAAUUAUGGGAGUUGAAAUCUAAAACAUUUGUAAUAUCAGUUUGCCCCACCAGUACAGUACCCAAACAAACGGUGACCUGGUUUGCAAUAGUCCAGAAAUGUUCCUUUGUUUUGACAAUACUGCUCCAAAGGCCAUCUUGGAUUAUAUGUGUUCUUGUGAUGUUGUCCCCUUGUUUUUUGUCUCUUUACUCUGGACUGUGUGUUGUAGGAACUGAAACAGUCAUUAUUUGUGUUCUAGUCCUGUUCCAGAAGUAACAGUGGUGUGUGCAACAGUUCUGUAUUUUACCACUAGAAUUAUAGGGUAAUGGAGUGCCAAAUGGAGGUUUUUCCCCCUUGAUGUACUUGCCCUGAAAGCAAAUGGGAAGCAAGUUUGUUUUUUCUAUUUGUUCUUCCCUAAGCUUCCUAUUUCCCCUGCCUUUCCAUCUUUUACCUUGCUUUUGUUUUUUUUGUUUUUUCCCUCCCAUUUCUUUUUCUUUGGAUAAGUUUUCCUAUUAACUCCUAGGUUUUGCUGCAUGGUGUACCCCAGUGACUGUAUUCAGAGAUGUGUGGACUCUGGACACUUUAAAACAAAAAAACAAAAACCAGAAUUCUACACUAUGGAAUAGCUGCAAUCUGUGUAAUCUGUCCCCUAUCUUACUCAUCUUCUGAAAUGGUACUAGGCAUUAGCUAUAAAUUUGAAACCCAUCCUUGCAAUUAUGAGGACUAUAAACUUAGUUUAGGAGUUGUAAUAAAAUCAGUAUGCUGAAUUUGCUGCAGUAUCCCAUUCUGACAUUUUCUUUGUUUUCACUGAAUGUUAGAGUGUGCACAGGUCUUAAUAUUGAGCUAUUUCAACACCAUCAUAUUAGUGCCUAUCUCCUUGUCUGUUCAUUUAUGUAACUGACAAUGUGCAUUCUGCGGUAGAUUUACUGUCAGCUGAGGACAUAUCUGAGCUCUCCAUUCAACAAAAAAAUAAGAGAAUGCUAGCUGACCUGAGAACACAGACUUGUGUCUGCAUGUCCAUGAAUUUCAGAGUACAUGAAUAACAGCUGAUUCACACAAAUAUGUGCAUCAUUUGAUUUCUCAUCAUCUGUUUACCCCGGAUGUUUUGUUAAAUGACUGCACUGAAAAAUGUGUUUCAGGUGAUGUUGGGCAAUCAUUCUAGCUUUGUAUUGAAUCUGAUGAUCAUGCAGCCAUAGAUGGCAGUGAAUAACUUGAUGUUUCCACAGACUUGAUUGCUGUUCUUCAGUUACCAUGAUCUAAUGUCCUUAAGAUACAGAAGAAAAAAAUCAGGAAGAACACAAAGGCAAACUCUUGAAAGUGAUUUCCAUGAUAAUGAUUUCUCUCAAAAAAUGUUCUGUGUUUAUGAAUAAUUUUGUAAUUAUUUUUAGUCAAAUUAGUUCUGGAAACAAAGAGUGUCUCCAAUUUUCUGUCCAUUCCAUACUAUUGUCUGAGAUUACACAAGCCCCCGUGGAUGUUAUGCUGUGUUUUAUUCUUAAUCUUUGAAAAACAGGAUGGUUUAAUGCUCCGCUGACAACAGUAGGUGGUGCUAGAAAACUUUUCCAAGUCUUCUAGCCCCCAAAACUGUAAGGGGAAAUGUCACUAGUAUCUAUGUAAAUCUGUCUGGAUCAUAGUGAUUUUUCCCCAUAAUGGAAUAAUUUUAUUUCUCAAUUUUGUGUGCUGAUGUUUUCAAAAUGUUCACCAUGUCCAAUCUUCCAUUUGUAUGUAUGUGUAUUAAGACAAAAAUUAUAGAAAACAAGGACUUGUUGAUUUAUAUUAUGUAGAUAUUUCUGUACAAAUGAAGGUUCCCAGCUCACUUCCAAGACAUUAUGAGCUAUACAUUACAUUGUGUAUAUAUUGGACUUUGAAAUAAUAAACAACAUGAACAA